AUGAAUAAAUUCGUCGCCGUUCUUUCCCUUAUCGUGGCUGUGGCCUCAGGUGCACGCAUUCCCCGUGACUCGGGAUACUCCCAGAGUGGAUCCCAGAGGGGCAAUGCCCAUGCUCAAGCUCCCAUUGGUAUUGUCUCUUCAGUCUACAAUGGCCCCACCGCCGAGUCGCAGAACUUUGACUUUGCCUUUGAGACAGAGAAUGGCAUCCGGCAAGAGGCCACUGGAGAGAUGAAGACCAUUGAUGACACCGAGGUGGUCGUGAUGCGUGGCAGCUACACCUAUUUGGAUGCCGAGGGUCGUGAUGUGACCGUGACUUGGGAGGCCGAUGAGAAUGGUUAUCGUGCUGAGUCUGACAUUUUGCCCGUGGCCCCAGAGAUCCCAUUUGAAGAGCAACGCCAGGCUGUGGCCGCUCAAAUUGCCUUUGCCCAACAAGAGGAACAAGCCGCCGCUGCCUCUUCCACUUCCAACAGAUACGCCCCUGCUCCUGCCAACAGCUACUCUGCUGCGGCUCCAGCCGCUCCCACCAGCCAAUACGGUGCUGCUGCUUCUGCUCAACCCACAUACACGCAAUACAACUACUAA